ACGGCUUCUCUACUGCGACUGCGCAAUCGUGUGUGCCGGAAGCAACGUCUUUGGUAUCCGCUAGUACUGUAAGUCAGCUGUCAAAGGAAAAUCAAAACUUAAACUAGCUAGUUUGGGCCACGGGUUUAAGAACGGUCGUAAAUAUUAUCGUCACUAUGCUUUGUCUGAGUUGAUAAAACGAAUGAAACAAACGCAGUUAGUUAAUUUGGUGAAUUACGGUAGCUAGCGGCCAGCUAGCUUGUUAGCUGGCUAACUGAGAGCUCGUCACUCUGUCACUAAGUUGUGUUCAGCAUGGACUCCACGGCGCUGGAGCUCGAUGCUGUCAAAUUUGCCAGAACGGCUGUCACCUAUGACCAGAAGGGCAAAUUUAACGAGGCUUUGUUUUAUUAUAAGGAAGCAGCCCAGGCCCUGAUAUAUGCUGGCAUGGCAGGGUCCAAACUGGAGGGAAUCCAGGAUAAAGUGAAUGAAUACCUGGAUCGUGUCCAAGCCCUUCACAAUGCAGUUCAGGCAGAGAAGAGCGACCCGCUGAAGUCCCGGCAGCAGGUGGACCUGGAGCGUGCCCACUUCCUGGUCACACAGGCCUUUGAGGAAGACGAGAAGGGAAAUGAUGAUGAAGCCAUUGAACUCUAUACUCAGGCUGUGGAGCUCUGCAUUAAGACGUCUAAUGAAACAUCAGACCAGGCGCUGCAGACAAAGUUGAAGCAGCUGGCGCAUCAGGCUUUAGACAGGGCAGAGGGUCUCAAAGAUUCCCAGGCCAGAUCAGCUUCAUCUCAGACUCAGGGCAGGACUGGUCCCUCUGGAACCAAGCCCAGUAGUGGCGGCAGUUCUGGGGGACCUGUCCGCCAGUUUUUCCCCCUUGGGCCUGAUUUCACCCUCCAUGACCGACCCCAGCCAACCCGGGCGGUCCAGUCCAGCGAACCCCAGGGUCAGCGUUACACGUCUGAGGAGAUCGAGGUGCUCAGGAGUACCUCUACAGUCAAUGGAAGAGCCUAUGUGCCCUUCAUGAGCGUGGACCUGAAGGAGAGAUUUGCCUUUCCUGUCCCUUUCUCGGACAAAGCAGGGAACCUGGCACUGGCACCCAAACAGAAAGCCAUCUUCUCCCGCUGGGUCCGGCCAGAUGAGAUCUGCAAUAACCCCACAAUGAUCAUGUCUGUGUCCAGCUUCAGCAUCAAACAGACGGUGGUGUCUGACUGUUCCUUCGUGGCAUCACUAGCCAUCAGCGCAGCCUACGAGAGACGCUACAAUAAAAAACUUAUCACCAGCAUCAUCUACCCUCAGAACAGACGUGGGGAACCAGAGUAUAAUCCCUGUGGGAAGUACAUGGUCAAGCUUCACAUCAAUGGAGUUCCCAGGAAGGUGAUUAUAGAUGACUUUCUGCCGGUGGAUCGGAAUGGAGAGCUGCUGUGUUCCUACUCCAGCAACAGGAACGAGCUCUGGGUCUCGCUGAUAGAGAAGGCCUACAUGAAGGUGAUGGGAGGCUACGACUUCCCCGGCUCCAACUCUAAUAUCGACCUGCACGCGCUCACUGGCUGGAUCCCUGAACGCAUCGCUAUGCACUCUGACAAUCAGUCAUUCAGCAAGGACGACACCUUCCGCAUGCUCUUCCAGAGGUUUCACAGAGGUGAUGUCCUCAUCACCACAGCAACAGGAGUGAUGACAGAGGAAGAAGGGGAGAGAUGGGGUUUAGUGCCAACACAUGCCUAUGCUGCUCUGGACAUCAGGGAAUACAAGGGAAUGCGUUUCCUGCAGCUGAAGAAUCCGUGGAGUCAUUUGCGGUGGAAGGGGCGCUACAGUGAGCGAGACGAGAAGAACUGGACACCCGAACUCCUCAAAUACCUCAACUUUGACCCCAAGACAGCACAGAAGUUUGAUAAUGGUGUUUUCUGGAUCACAUGGGAGGACCUUUGUCAGUACUACGAUGUCAUCUACCUAAGCUGGAACCCCGCCCUGUUCAAAGAGUCCUCUUGUAUUCACAGUAGCUGGGAUGGGAAGCAAGGCCCAGUGAAGGACGUCUACAGUCUGGCAAACAAUCCCCAGUACAAGCUGGAGGUCCAGUGUCCAGCAGGGGGAGCUGCUGUGUGGGUGCUGCUCACCAGACACAUCACUGACAAGGAUGAUUUUGCACAGAACAGGGAGUUUAUCACCCUGGUUGUUUACAAGACAGAUGGGAAGAAGGUUUACUAUCCAGCUGACCCCCCUCCUUACAUCGAUGGCAUCCGCAUCAACAGUCCACACUACCUGACCAAGAUGAAGCUGACCAGCGCAGGGACGCACACCUUCACCCUGGUGGUCUCCCAGUAUGAAAAGCAGAACACCAUCAACUACACGCUGCGGGUGUAUUCCGGGUGCAAAUUCACAUUCUCCAAGAUCCCAAAUCCCUUCACUCACACCAAAAGGAUCAAUGGCCAGUGGAAGGGGCUCAGCGCUGGGGGUUGUGGGAACUACAAGGACUCGUACAAACACAACCCUAUCUAUCAGGUGAACCUGGAGCGGCCAGGGCCGCUGCUCGUCGAGCUCCGAGGAUCCAGGCAGUAUAGUGUCGGCUUUGAGAUGAUGACUGUGUCAACUGUGGGGGAUCCAGGCCCGGCGGCCUUCCAGAAGAAGAGCAGUGGAGAUUACAGGUGUGGCUUCAGCUACAUGGAGGUUGAUCAUGUCCCAGCAGGCAUCUACAACGUCAUCCCCACCACCUUCCUCCCCAAACAGGAAGGACCCUUCUUCUUGGACUUUGGCAGUACCUUGCCCCUGAAGGUCUCCCAGCUCCAAUGAAGAAGGGCAGGGGCUGGGAGGAUGGUACUUGAAGGGCAUCAUGGGAUAUUUCUAAACCUGUAUGUGGAUGUGAUGAGGUGUCGAGGCCCAUAAUCUGUCAGCUCAACACCUGCUCAAACAGCCUUUUUUUGUCCUCUUUCGCUGAAAAGUCCGCUGAUGUAAGUGGACAGACUGUGGACCUGAAGUUCAACAUUGACUUGAUAUUGUAAUAAAGGAAUAUGUUUUUAAUAAGGAAUCAUCAAGAGGGAUGUCUGCACGGAAUAAACCCCCUCAACCAUCAAGACAUUUUAGGACAUGAUAAAAUAAACUUUCACCAAAAAUUAAAUGAUUAACAGACAAUUCAGAUGGACUUCAGUAGUCAACAGUAAUCACAUGACCACAUUCUGGACGUGGCUGGAUGUGAAGAAGCAACAGGGUAGAACUGAACGCCAGCCAGGAGCUGCAGAUCGUCUCUCUUCAGGUUAUGUUUUGCCACAGUGAGCACCUCAGCAAUCCAGAGGUGACAUCUCAACACUUGCUACUGGUUGGAAUUUAUUAAAUGUUAUGACAGCGAUGUCUGAGAUGAAGAAGCACCUGGCGGUCUUUUAAUGUACAGCACAUUUGAAGUGACAGUUGUGUCUAGUUAAUUCAUCCAUGGCCCUGCCAAAUUACAGUGAGUUUCUCCACAGGAAGCAGAUAUACCAAUAAGUAGCUAUAAACAGACAAAGAGACCAUAAAGAAUGAAAUGUAGGGUCAGGAAAUCCUUCACACUUGGAUAUGGAGAGGUUACUGAGUGUCCAGAUGUUUAAGAUGCUCAUUACUGCAAAACUACUUAAUAAGAGGAUGCUGCUCAACACCACAGCCACAAUAUAAAACAAAGCUGUUGUUCAGUUUGAUCCCAGCAGUCAAAUAGUCUGGAAUCUGUCAGAAUUGUCAAAACCUUUUUAAAAUCUCUGUGGAUGGUGGAUGGGACAGUUCGGUUCCUCAAAUAGCCAUGAAUGUUCCUUGAUCCUCAGGGGCAGUGCAGCCAGGCAGCACCACAGGGAGUCCAGUGUGGAAGCAGAUGAAUAAUGUCUCUUCAUGGUGUUUGCGAAUGUGACGGCUGAGCAGAAGGCUCAGCCUGAUUUCACUGACAGGCCUCAUGUCAGCACUCUGUGCUGCCUGAGACGGGUAUCACACUCUGGAUAUGUGAUACCUGUUUGGGAGUGUGUGGUUGUAUGGCUGUAUCUUGUGAUGACCAGUUAGUGAGUCCUCACUUUGUGACACACCUUCAAAGGGCUGUUUGAGGGUCCCGGUUAGAAUCAGGUUUAGCUCAGUGGUAGGGGUUACUGAAUAUUUUGUCAGUGGGUGGCCUCACAAAGGUGGCUGUGUAUAUGUGUAUGUGUGUAUUUGUAAAUGUUUUAUUCUCAUUUUAAAGGUGAAAAUGUAAAUGUUUUGCUAUCAUCUGUUUACCUUUUUUGUUGACAUACAGCACUUUUACAAAUAAUUUCUCAUGGUUUAUUGCCAAACUCUAGAUAUGGAAAUGAGCAUGUCAAUUCAACCAGCGCACGCAGCUGAAUCAGUUUUCAGAGCGGCUCAGCUGGUGUGGGCACCAUGCUUCCUCAGUUUGCAGGAUGAAACCUUGCUUGUGGGUGAGGUCACAUAUUAGUAGCCUGUCAUGUGCAGGUGUUGCUGCUUCUUCCUGUAACUCUGGCAAAGCUUUGCAGUCACCAACUCCUUGGCACUAAUGUCCUCUUGAGGUCAUGGAGGUGCCCUGGUGGAUCUGCUGAAUGUGAAUCAGUCUGGGCUCAGUGUUGUGGUGUGAACCUGCCCAGCAGGAUGUAUUGUCAUGUGAAGGCAGCGAGCCAGUAGCGCGCUCAAUAUGUGAAGACGUUUUGUGUCUGAAACACGUUUUUAUGUUUUUGUUACAGUUAGACCAACCACCGGCCGGCCAGUGUAAAUCGUUUUGAGGAUGAAAUUCAUUCUUGCCAUCAGGCACUGUAAUUGUGAUGAAAUAAUCUUAACGAAAGGCCAGAGAUUUUAGCCACAUCUCUCAUGGAGCCGUCACGUAACAGCUGAACCGACUCCGCCCCAACGGAGUAAUAUGCAUUUAAUGAUGAAAACUGUGGCAUGUGACUGAAACACUAAGAAAAAUCUAUGCAAGUGGACCUUAAGUUAAGACCUGUCAAAUUACCUUAUUACAGAGCCUGGCUGUUGUCGGCUGUGGGACUAUUUGAUUAAUCGACUCAGUUGUUUCAGUACUAGGCUCCAUGGGUUUUCACCCCACUGCAACCUGUGUAUUUUCAGUUCAGACCACAUCAGGAGGCCACUGUGCACUGAGCCUGGGCAAUAUUACAAAAAUAUUUUCAUCACACAGCACACAAACUCUAUGAUUUUCUCAUGUUAAGCUCGAAUAUGAUUUUCUCUUGUUUAGCUCGAGCUUUGGCUUUGCUAUUGAAUCAUACAGUUUAUUCUGACAAAUACAAAAUUACUCGACACUUGCAAAGAGAACUUCACACGAAAACGUGAUUCGACUGCAUGUUAUUCCCUGUGCAAAUGAUGUAUUCCAGCUGCAACAGAGCAAAUGUUAACCUGGUUCAGUUACACUUACAAGGGAGCAUGGUUACAAUCUCUGCUUAUAAUCACUAUUAACAGUGAGCCAUAAUAAAGCCAGUGCCAAGUGGAGGCUGACUCUAAUGCUGGUGGCCUAAAAGGUUGGACUGUGCUUUUCAUAGCUUUAAAUAUCCAUUGCCAAGCACUUCUGUCAAAUUUUCACCUGUUGGUUAUAAAAAACUUUGUUAUGUGUUGGUAGUUGGCAACAUGCUGACUCACUCAAAGCUGCAGCAGGACAAUCCUGCAGUGAUCUGUUGUAUGAAUGGUGAUGUAAUGUUUGCAAAACUUGCACUAAAUGUUGGCCAGAGUGAGGCAUUAAAAAAUUUA